AUAUGGUGUACUUUGAGCGUGUUUCCUUAAAAGAGGAUGCUCUGCAGGCAAUCUCCGUCGUCUGAAUGGUCGGUGGUAUAUAAGUCAGGGGUUUCGUUUAAGUGAAAAUAAGUGCUGAUGCCAGUUAAAGCACUUGGCUGGACGUGGCUGCAGGAACAUUACCAUUUUUAAAAGAGGAUUUCGCACAGGAGAUAUCUAAUGCAAGGCAACUAUGGGAGUGGACGGCAUGGAAGUAAUUGCCGUUGCUGUUAUUAUUGCAAUGUUUGUUGUGGUGCUCAAACAGUUUGGGGUUUGCGAGCCCCUGUCAGUCGAAGACAUCUGUGACAGUGAAUUUGAGCUCUCAAUGGUGCGUUACCAGCCAGAGGGCCUCGAUCAGCUCCAAGCCCAGACACAGUUCACAAGGAAGGAGCUUCAGUCGCUGUACAGAGGCUUCAAAAAUGAAUGUCCCAGUGGGCUAGUGGAUGAGGAAACGUUCAAGACCAUUUACUCACAGUUCUUCCCUCAAGGAGAUGCGACCACGUAUGCACAUUUCUUGUUCAACGCGUUUGCCAUGGACAGAAGUGGUUCCAUCCGGUUUGAGGACUUUGUGAUAGGAUUGUCCGUGUUGCUCAGAGGCUCGGUUACAGAGAAGCUUCGAUGGGCGUUCAACCUGUACGACAUCAAUAAAGACGGCUACAUUACCAGAGAGGAGAUGAUGGCAAUAAUGACGUCCAUUUACGAUAUGAUGGGCAGGUGCACCCAUCCCAUGGUACGAGACGACUCUCCCUAUGAGCAUGUGGAGAAAUUCUUCCAGAAAAUGGAUCGAAACAGAGAUGGAGUGGUGACUAUUGAUGAAUUCAUAGAAACCUGCCAAAGGGAUGAGAAUAUAAUGGCUUCCAUGCAGCUCUUUGAGAACGUCAUCUAGUGUCUGUCGAGGGGCGUGGACCAGGAAUGCUGCACAGUGCAUCUGGGCCACAAAUCACUUCACCCAUCAAAGGAAAGAAAAACGGUGUUGUGCAACACAUUUGACAUUUUAAUACAAAUUGGGGGACACUAUUGCUUUUCCUGUCGGAAUGUUCUAUGCAGAGAAAUGUGAAGAAUUCACCAAAUCACUGGAAGAAGAAAUGUUUCUUUGCAUGAAGACUUUAUUUUUGCACAUGAUCAAACCAGCUGAGCAUGAGUGCUUGCCCAUCAUCUAAAAGCAUGUGAUGCCAAACACAUUGAACACAAACACGGGUUUUAUCGUUGACCACUUUGAAACUUGGGCAAAAGAGAAUACUUUGUUACUGUAUUAUACGGUAAUGACAAUAAUCCUGUUUCUAAGUUCUUCAGACUUCGGUGUCAACAUGACGCCAUGUCGUUGUCAUGUGGACUCAACACCUGCUGAAAUAAAUAUAUACCUUCACACAU